CUCCUAUAUACAUUUUUUUUUGAAGGUGCCUGCACUUUAAUUUGUUAUAUAUAUUACCAUUUGCAUGAUUAAUUAUUAUUACAGUAGCUAGUUAAUCACUCCAACAACAUUAUGUUUCUUACUAUGUUCUUCUCAUUACUCCUCAUCCAAGAGAAAGUAGCCGUGGCAUCGAAUCUGGAAAAAGACAAAAAAGCCCUUCUUGACUUUGUUGUUCCUCAUGGAUUGGGUUGGAAGCCCGCCGACCCAAUCUGUAGCUCUUGGGCCGGCGUGGCCUGCAACUCGGACCGAAGCCGGGUAGUCGAGCUCCGACUAUCUGGCUUAGGGCUCUGCGGUUAUAUGCCGGAAAACACAACGCUCGGGAGACUGGAUGCGCUCGAGACGCUGCACCUCGAGAAUAACUUCUUGGCGGGGCCCAUACCGUGGGGUCUGGGCCUCCUCCCGCACCUCAAGAGCUUGAACCUAAGCAACAACGGUUUUAGUGGGCCCGUCCCUCCGUCUCUGCUCGAAAGGUUUCCUCCUGCGUCGUUCGGAGGGAACCCUUUGCUGGCGACUAGCGUGCAGCUGGCCCCACCAGAAGCAGCCAUUCCCCGCUUGCCGUCGUCGUCAUCAUCAUGGGGAUGGGGAUCAAAGAAGAAAGGAAAGAAAAAUGAAGAUGAGGGGUGGACUUUGAAAGGGAAUCUUCUCGGCAUUCCCAUUGCUCCACCUGAUUUGGUCCCCACAACCACUCUACACAAUCCUACAUCUACUGACAUAGAACCUGUGGAGCGUACGAUUGGGGAUUCAGUGAUAGUUCCUGCAGUUGAUGCCGAUGGUGUUUCUGUUGAAGGUAUUGUUAAUGCCUUUCCAUCGGAUCUUGUUACUGUUGAUACGCACGUCGAUGCACCGGGCUUAAUGAAGAUCUAUCAUCAAGUGGGCAUAAUCUUUGGGUCAACAUUUUCUCUCCAGUCUCGAAGCAUGAGUGGGAACCUCCACCUUGAGGACAAGGUGGUUUUCUAAGGGGGUGAGAGUGUUAUGGAUUAUAUAGUAGGAU